AAUAAACUUUUUUUGUUUUUGUUUUGCAUUUCAGUUCAAUAACAUAACGGCUGCUUGAUUAAGUCAGGCAAUUCCGUUAAUUGAAUUUGGCCCAAUUGUCGACAUCUGCUGUCGGCUGAAAGAGUGGAGUCCUCCACCCUCCAUGCACAAGGUCGUGCUCCCCAUCCUCCACCAGCCGCCGAAUAACUAAGUAUCUUAUAACCUUAAUAACCUUCGUUUGGUUUGUAUAAAUCCUAGUAAAUCAGCACGGGUGCGUUAAUAGGCUAAUCUUGCUGUCGUUUCUUUAAUGGCGUCUAACUUCCGUCUUAACCCGUCUUCUUCACCACACCGGAGGCAUGGCGGCGCACUAAAGCUGCAUCCUGAAUCCAACACAUCCUACAACCUACACACGCAUCGCUCAGGUUUUCAGCGCAUGUUUACGCUUGUCUCCGUAAUGUCCUUUAAUGGUGUUCCUGUUAUUCAAUUUGUACCAGUUAUCCGGCUGGAGACAUCAUGGUAAAUCAAGAUCAGGAGAAGAUUUGACACUGCUGCACGGGAGGCAAACGGAAGCAGAUCUGAAAAAAAUAAUAAUAAUAAUAAUUAAAAAUCGAUUUUUAUUUAUUAGUACGGAAUCGUUUGGCGUUUAAAGAAACAACUGAACAUCACUUAAGGUUUUUUUUUUUUUUUUUGGCACGGUGAUCCCCGGUGCAUCCUUGUAUCAUGUCCCCGCCAGGCUCAGCUGCGACAGGCAGUGAGAGCAGCACUGCGACCGCGUUAGAGGAGGAGGCAGACAGCCCGAGAGAGGAGCAAAGGCCUCUGAAACAGUCACUGAGCAAGUCCCUGUGCAGAGAAGUGUUCUGGAAAUGCCUCCUGCUCUCCAUGCUCAUGUAUGGGUGCAUGGGAGCCAUGGUGUGGUGCCAUGUUACCAAGGUCACCCGGCUAAGCUUCGACAGUACCUACAAAGGGAAGUCCAUGAUAUAUCAUGACAGUCCAUGCUCCGAUGGUUAUAUUUAUAUCCCUUUAGCAUUCCUUGUCAUGCUCUAUGUGGUUUACUUGGUGGAGUGCUGGCACUGCCAUGCAAGGAACGAGCUACAGUACAAAGUGGAUGUAGAGGGAAUCUAUGAAAGGGUGCAGAGGAUGCAACAGGCCAAGCCCUGUAUUUGGUGGAAAGCCAUCAGCUACCAUUAUGUCCGGCGAACGCGACAGGUAACACGCUACCGCAACGGUGAUGCCUACACCACCACUCAGGUGUAUCAUGAGAGGGUGAACACACAUGUGGCUGAAGCAGAAUUUGACUAUGGCCACUGUGGAGUGAAGGAUGUUUCCAAACAAUUAGUUGGCCUGGAUAAAUCACCUAUCACCAAAUUAAGGUUCACUAAGUGCUUUAGCUUUGCUAAUGUGGAGUCUGAGAACUCCUACCUUACUCAGCGGGCCAGGUUCUUUACGGACAAUGAAGGUCUUGAUGAUUAUAUGGAGGCCCGGGAGGGAAUGCAUCUGAAGAAUGUAGACUUCAAAGAGUACAUAAUUGCCUUCUCAAAUCCAGACAACCACCCCUGGUACAUCUCUAACUAUGUCUUCUGGACAGCUGCCUUCCUAACAUUCUCUUGGCCUUUGAGGGUGCUGACAGAGUACCGCACAUCUUACGUCCACUACCGUGUGGAGAAGCUCUUCGGAACAGACUACAUUCCAAUGACACCUUGUGAAGAGCAUCCGUACUGCAGACGCAUUCCCAGGGUCAACACCAUUGACAGCACUGAGCUAGAAUGGCACAUCCGCUCCAACCAACAGCUGGUGCCCAGUUACUCAGAGGCGGGUCUGAUGGAUUUAGCCCAGCGCUCAGGAGGUUUCAGGCAGAACUGUGAGCGUUGCCACCGAGCCAUCAGCAGCUCUUCAGUCUUCUCCCGUAGUGCUCUGAGCAUCUGCAAUGCAAGUCCUCGCCUUCCCUUUAGCAGCAGCCGCUUCUCACUGGGCCGUCUGUAUGGCUCACGCCGCAGCUGCUUCUGGAGGAGCGGUAGCCUGGAUGAGCCCGAGAGCCCCAGCGAAAACACACGCUGUCUCUCUGGACAUAUUGCCACAGCUGAGGAUGACCCUCCAACCUACCAAGAUGCGCUCUACUUCCCAGUUCUCAUUGUGCAUUGCAGUGAGAGCUGCCCCAAUCACCGCUCUUUCCACAGAAACAGCUCAUGUGUAGAGACCUCCUUAUGAGGCUCACUGAUGCACCAUUGAGGGAUAGUAAUAAAAACAAACGGAUAUUAAUAAACAGUCCAAUACUAAAAUCAAAAUUGACCUGUCGCUCAGGAAUCACAGUGUCCAUGGCCCAAUAUUUGCAACAAAGAGGCUGUUAUGGGAAUGGUGCAUUUCUAAAAGACAGACUUUGUAUUUAUGUAGAACUAAGAAUGUCCUCAGCACUGCAUUUACCAAAAUGUAAUCAAACAUUCAGAAGCUACUUUGUCUACAUUAUCAUUGCAUUCACAGCAAUAAUCAGUGUCCUGUUAGAAGUAAUAAUUUUUCUAUUACAUGGGUCUAAUUACUGCUGCAAGAUUUUUAUGUAAUGUUGCAGGACAAGUGUUUCUUUGUCUUGUUAAAUAUGGAGGCCUAAGUCUUUACAAAGCAAAUAUCCUCUCAGUGUGCUUUUGACUUUUAUCACAACGUUUUGUUUUACUGGACAACCUUUCUUUGUAAUUAUGUUGCACUCAAGGUCACAUAAACCAAAUUAUGUGUAUUGAACAAGAAUGUUCUCAAGGUACUUUGAAAGUAAAAGCGAUGUACAGUAUAUCACCAUAUAAAACUAUAACAUGUAUGGUUUACACUUAUGUAGGACACCAUGUAUUGUAUACAAGAGAUAUCCAUUGUGUGUCAUUUCAGUGUGAUGUAACUUGAUAAUAUGCUAUGGUUUGCUAUUACGAACAUAUUGUCUAUUAUAAGUAUACAACACAGGAUAUCUGAAUCUGCUGAGGGAAAAAAAAAUCUACAUUUCAGGCUAUGCAACAAUUAACCUCCAGUAUAGUAUGCCAUUCAACUGUAUAUACAAUUUAAAUGGAAUGUAUGACUGUUGUAUCUUUUUUAAUUGCUUGUAUGUAAAACACCAACCCAGGUUGUGGACAGAUCACAGGGUGGACGUUAAAACCCAGGAACAUGUGGUAUGUUCGUUAUGUGAGAACUUUAUUUGGCAGUGGGAAGUUGCUUCUGUAUGAUGGUAAAGUGUUGGACAAGAGCAUUACAAAGCAUGGCACAAUGAAAAAGGGCACUGCAAACUUCCUGAGCUUAAAACAGCGAAUUAUUUGGACUACCUACUCUCAACCAAAGUCAUCUACUGAAUGGUUGAACUUUAUCAACAUCUUACUAGAAAACAGUUGUAUCAGACCAGUGUCAAAUCAGAACAUUGGGGAACAUCAGAUCCUCUUCCAAGGACAUCUGCCAAAACUGAAAUCCAAGAUUCAUUUGUAUCUUUGGUGCUUUGACUGUUGUGUCUAGAAGAAAACUGUUAAAACUAGAUAUAUGCUACAUUUUAUAUUCUCUGAAUACCCAUCUAUCCCAUAAUGUUAUAGGAAACAUUCAGUAAUGGUCAUAAGAAGGUUAAACUGGUAUGAAAGUAACCUUUUUUGAAAAUGUGAUGUUAUAUGAUUUGCUUCACAGAGUUCGCUUUCUAAGAACCAUUCAGAAAAUAUUCUUCUUACCUAAAAUUGUUAGCUGGGUAAAUUGCAUCACAUUUACUGAUUGGGUCUGUGGAAAAUCACACAAUGUUGCCUUUAUGUAGCACAAACACAAUAAAACAUCAAUAUGACACAUCAAGGUGAAAGUAUAAGCAUUCAAUAAAUCAAUUGUGUAAA